AUGUGUCAAAAGGAAAAGAGAUCAGGCACAAAAAGAGAGCUAAGGGGGCACACAAGGCAUACUGUGUCAAGGGUAGGCAUUCCUGUAAGAUGUACCAUUUGCCACCAAACUGGCCACAACAAAGCCACGUUCCCAAGUAAGCCAACUCCAGCUCCAAGCACAGCAGGUCCAAGUCAAUCAAAUCCAGCUCCGGGCAUAGCAGUUCCAAGUCAAUCAACUCCAGCUCCAAGCACUCCUACUCCUGCUGUAAAUGAAGUUCCUCUGAAGAAAGCUCAUGUCAAGAGAACUCCUGUAAAGAAAGCUCCUGUGAAGAAGGCUCCUGUGAAGAGAAGUCCUAUGAAGAAGGUUCCUUUGAAUGAUAUUGGUAGGGUGAGAAAGUUUUCAAAAAGAAUCACAGAAAUUGGUCUUCACAAAAAUGUUAAAGUCAAGGAUGGAAUUGGAUGCAACCAAGACAAACAUGUGACCUUAGAGUAA